AGAGCUGUUCGAGAUGUCGUGGAAAUCGCACGUGGAAAAUUUUUGGUGAAAUUCGUUGAACUCGUUGCAGAAAAGCGCUGCUCUUGCCACUUGUAGAUAAUUUCCGUAAAAGAACAAAAUCUGUUUGCUGAAGAUACACAUUUGACGAAGCGCUGUAGAGAUGUGAAAAUAUAAUGAAAUAGUGAUGAGAAGUGUUGUGUACGGAAGAAAAGAUGGAGUGACGUUAAUGAUUGGGUAUUUUGUGGAUAUGUAUGGAUCAGUGUUGAGAUUAGAUUAUGAUGGAAAUGGAGAAGUUCAGGAAAAAGAACUGCUGAACCUAAAGACGUUCUGAAUCGAUUUCUGUUCAGAUAUCAAGUGAUUCAUUCAAACUUUGAGAUAUUGUUAUAUAAGAAAAAUUGUUUUAAUCGAAUCUUGGCAAUGCAUUCCUUAAACAUGAAGUCAAAUAAUGUAACGAUGUAUGAAGGAGCUCUUAUGAACAGUUCUUCAGACUUUUCCGAAGGAUUUCCUCCUGAAAAUGACACACAGAAUGCUUUUCUCUUCUCAGAAGACAUAAAUCAUAUACUUGACAAUUUAACUGCUGGUAACGUUACGGAUAUCAGUGUCUAUGAGAGAAUCAACGAAUCGAAUGGAACAAACUACACUUGUUUCGUGGAUUGUGUGGUACAUUUAGGAUAUAAUAAUAAUUACUGGGCCUUGAUCCUGAUCUUGUUUCCAAUUUUUACUUUGUUCGGAAAUGUUUUGGUCAUUUUGAGUGUGUACAGGGAGAGGACUUUACAGACUGCUACGAAUUAUUUCAUAGUUAGUUUGGCCGUUGCUGACCUGUUGGUUGCCGUAGUCGUCAUGCCCUUUGCAGUUUACGUUUUGUUCAAUGGAACAUGGGCUCUUCCAGCUGUUGUAUGUGAUUUUUACAUUGCAAUGGACGUGACAUGUUCAACAUCUUCCAUUUUCAAUCUUGUUGCGAUUUCUAUAGAUAGGUAUAUAGCAGUUACACAACCGAUAAAAUAUGCCAAGCACAAGAAUAAUCGAAGAGUUUGGCUCACUAUAGCAUUAGUUUGGGUAAUAUCAGCUGCUAUAGGGUCUCCUAUAGUACUAGGUCUCAAUAAUACCCCGGACAGAGUCCCAGAUGCCUGCUUGUUUUACAACAGUGACUUCAUCAUGUACUCUAGCCUAUCUUCGUUUUAUAUUCCAUGCAUCAUCAUGGUCUUCCUGUAUUAUAAUAUUUUCAAGGCACUCAAGAAACGUGCUAUGCAAUCCAAAUUCAAUAAAAAACCUUCGCCAUAUGAAAUAAAACCAGGAUCUGUGAUAGAGAACGUUGCCAGUACUCAAAAAUUGGCAGAGACGAAAUUAGGACCUUCCAUUAUAGAUGCAGAAGCUACAAAUACAGGCUCUGGUUCUGGAGACGAGGACGAAGAUAUAGCUGAAUCAGAAUGUCAUGUGAUUUCCAAUGAUAAAAGCACAGAGUUUAUACUAGCCACAGUUGUCGAGGAAGCUGCAACGAUUGCCACCGUUGCACAUACAGAUUCAACCCGGAAUCCUGGGUCUAAGAAAGAGAAAAAGGCCAGUGCUGCUCCAAGAUUUACAAUUUACAAGGUGAACAAAGCUAGCAGAAAAAAAAGAGAAAAGUCUUCGGCAAAAAAAGAGAGGAAAGCAACUAAAACAUUAGCGAUAGUUCUUGGUGUAUUUCUGAUAUGUUGGGUUCCUUUCUUCACCUGCAACAUCAUGGACGCAAUUUGUAGCAAGUUGAAGUUUCCAUGCCAACCCAAUGUGGGUACUUUUCUACUGACAACAUGGUUAGGCUACAUGAACAGCUUCGUCAACCCCAUCAUCUAUACGAUAUUCAACCCUGAAUUCAGGAAAGCGUUCAAAAAAUUGAUGUUUAUAGGACCCUAACUCGAAAUUUGGUACUAUUGAUUAUAAGUUUCCCAUUCAGUUUUUUACCCCUUUAGAAUAUACAUUAGGAUAAGGAUAAUCAAACAUUUUCUUAAAUUAUUAUUUUGUAUCAAUGAAACGAAAUAGUGAUUACGAUUAUAUUACAAUAAUUUCUUCUAGAAUCCUUUGAAGGAGAGAAUAUUGGGUAUUGUUAUUUAAAAUAUUCGAUUUCGCGAAAAAUUGUUAUUCCUCACUUCUUCAUUUGAAAUAAUGAAAUGAAAAAAUAAUAAAUUAUUUUCAGUAAGUCCGAUGUUAGUACAGAAUGAAUAUCAGCUUAAAUUGCCUGACUACAUUUUUCCAUCCAUUACUGGUUUUCAUUAAGGCUCAAAAAAUCAGAAGGGAAAGAUAUAUAUAUAUAUAUAUAUAUAAAUAUAUAUAUAUAUAUAUAUAUAUUAUUAUUUCAUUACUAUUGCUGAAAAUACUUAUGUAAUCCUGAACUGAUAUGAUGAACCUCUGACUCAAAUGAAAAUGUGGUCCGCAGGCGCUCAUGCUAUUUUGGUACUUUUUUCACUUCCAAUCAAUAUGGGUUAUCACAGAAUGUAUAGAUGAAUAGAAUAAAAACUGUCCUCAUCCAUUCACUUGUAUAUUUGCCAAAUUUAUAUUUCGAAAUUGACCACUUUUUCUUCGAAAUAACACUAAGCCACCAAGCAUGAAGGAAACAGAAGUGUGUUUUCUUUGAACAUUCAUUGAUUAUUAUUUUUUGAUAACGAUAGAUGAUAGCAGAGACAACAAUGAGACGCACAACUCGCCACUAAAUUUAAUCCGAUAUUUUGCAUCCUUGUCUCACACAUCAUGGCGCCGCAACCGCUUUGUGCAUUUUAGCGCGAGAAAUUCAAAUUAUUAAUUCUAAUUUGUUUUUAGGCUUUGAGGUCUUGGAGCAAUUUCACGCAAACAAUAUUUUGAUACUGAAAUUUUGCCAUUCUGAAUAUUGUGAUAAUUAAUCAUUUCCAGGCUGAAUUAAGGUAAACAUUUCCACUACUAAUAUGGCUGCGUGAAAUAUAUAUUCAGAAUACAAAACCACCCCGCAAGACCCUACAACCUAUCUCGAAAAGAAAACCAAAGCUCUCAUCACUGCCUCGAAGCUUCCGAUAGAAAUCAGAAAAUCUCUCAUCCCAAGG